AUGACUCCAGAUAUGACGUCGCCUACCCCUACUGAAAUAUCAUCUGAUAAUGUUGAGUCAAUGUUAAUAAAAUUAAGCAAACAAAAUUGUGUUUUAUACGAAAUGCAAAAAAUAACACUUGAAAGAAUCGUAUCGCUUCAGACUCAAAUAAAAAAUCUAAGCAGCAAUAAAAAUAAUGAGCUUAGAUUAAAAGUAUUUAACCAAUUUAAAGAAGUAAAAGACAAUUAUAAUAAAUUGUUCACCAAAAGUACCACAAUAGAGAAUAUCACUAGUUCUGCAUUUUUAUUGUUAAAUGAUGCUAACAAUAAAAGAUUUAGUGAUAUGUAUAUUUAUACCACAUCUGUAUAUGAUAUAAUAUUAAAUCCAAAUUGUCUCACUCUCAAAGUCUCCAAGAAAUCACUGGAAUUACGAUUAAAAAGAUUUAGGGAAGCGAUUAAUAAAAAUAGUCAAAUUAAGCUUAGCGAUUCAAUAUCGAUUUUACGUAAAGAAGUGCCCGAUAUUUCUAGUAAAAAGAAAUAUACUGAUGACAAUGAAGAUGAGGAAGAGCCAUCUGAAGACGAAAUAACGUCUAACGAUAUAAGUUUUAAAUAA